GGGCGUAAAGGAGGGUAACUCCGCCCCCUAAUGGCAAGGUCAUCGCUAGUUGUGGAGAAGUCUUCUCGCUGUUCAUGCCGUUUUUAAUGCGAAAUUAUCAAAAACAACCCUUAAAGUUUCUGAGUAUACAAAGGAUAAAACCUUGAUGGCAUCUACUGUAAGCCGGAAUGGUGUCCGAGACGAAGACUCCCUUCGCUUCUUCCAUGUUCUGGCGAGUCGAGACCCUAAUGCUAGAAAGCACGGGUUUGACAUGAUCAAACUGACAUUAGACGCCUGGGUAAAUGGCUAUGGCAGUCCAAAGGACAGAAUUAUAGUGGACAAUGGGAACCCCCUCCCCAUCAACCCGUUAGUGGAGGAGCAUCUACCAGACAUUCUCCGACUGUCCACCAACUGUCCGUUUGAAGACGUCAGGGAGUGGUGUACAAAUCUCCUGGCCGACAUACAGGAGAACUGCAGUAGCAUUAAGAUCCCCAGGAGAAUUUAUGGCAAGGGACCCAGUAACUUUAUUCCAGAGUCAGAGAUUGUACCAGUGUCUACAUCUGAAGACCAGACCCAGAUGCUGUUUGUGGAUGCGUUCCUCCAGAACAAUAGACUGGAUCAUGUGACCCAGCUAAUGGGGUACCACCCCAAUUAUUUAGAAAUGUUCCUCCGGACGCAGCAAUACCUCCUGAGGGGGGAUGGGCCCCUUCCUUUCCAUUAUAGGCAUUACAUAGCUAUCAUGGCAGCUAGCAGGCACCAGUGUGCUUAUCUUAUCCAUCUACACGAGCAAGAAUUCAUCCUGCAGGGAGGAGAUCCAGAUUGGCUGAAAGGCCCCGCCCACAUCCCAGCCAAGUUACAGAAACUGCACCAAGUCAAUAAAAUCCUCGCACACAGACCAUGGCUUUUCAACAAAUCACACAUAGAGAGCUUACGUAAGGAAGCAUGGUCAAUAGCUGAGCUUGUGCAGGCCGUGGUAAUUAUGGCACAUUUCCACGCUCUGUCAUCGUUUGUGUUUGGCUGCGGAAUUAAGAACGAGCCCGACCACCACGGAGGGUUCUCCUACAGACCUCACUCCCCCACGGAAAACGCCAACGACUCCGACUACACAAGUGACAGCUCUUCUGAUUGUAGCUCAGAGCCGGAAGUUUGUAUAGAGAUUCUGAUGGAGAGGAUGAAGAAGUUGAAGGAGAGUAAUGAGGAGGAGCCGACAGAGGAGGAGAGAUUAAAGAGAUUCGAGAAAGUCGAGACACAGAGUGCAGAACUGGCAAAGCCUGGCAAAAAACCAUCACCGAAAGCAGAAAUCAUGAAGUAUGUCCAGGAUGAAGAGUUUUGUUAUGUUGACUUUACUAAACGAGCCUGUAUGGAGGAGGCACCUACGUUUAGGGCUAAUGAGUACUCCUGGGAUGACCACGGAUUUUCGAUAGCCAAUAGACUUUAUUCAGAAAUUGGCAAUUUGUUGGAUGAAAAAUUUAGCAUGGCUUAUAAUCUAACCUAUUAUACGAUGGGUGAAGUUAUUGAUGUUGAUACAUCAGCUUUUCGUCGUGCCAUAUGGUACUACAUUCACUGCUUAUAUGGAAUCAUGCAUGAUGACUAUGAUUACGGACAAGUCAACCAACUUCUGGAAAGAAACUUAAAAGCGUACAUCAAAACUGUCACAUGCUACCCAGAAAGGCUGGCCAAAAAAGAUUAUGACAAUGUGAUGAAGGAGUUCAAACACUCGGAAAAGGUUCAUGUGAAUUUAAUGCUGUUAGAGGCCCGACUCCAGGGAGAACUAUUGUACGCCCUCAGAGCUGUCAUGCAGUACAUGACGUAGCACUGUGUCCGAGCCCAGUGACAAGUCUUCCAUGACAAUAAAUUGGAGUCUUACGUGACAUUAAAUUGGCGUCUAAACCCACUCCCCCUUCCUUGGAUCUCAAUAGAAGCCUCCACAUUGGUGCACGAAAACAGUGGGGCGGUGCAAAAAAAAAGAAAGCAGAACAAAUUUUUACCCUUUGUGAAUUCAGACUGUGAUAUAUUUUUUUUCCUGUGUGUAGUAGACUGAGGGACAAGAGAAAGGAAAGGAAGAGACAUGAGAUUAUAAACCAAGGCCCUACUCCGAGCUUUGAUACAGUUAACACGACAGGCAGAUGUUGCUGUGAUCUGCCGUACCCCUUACUAUGCCCCCCGUUAUACGGGGGGCGGCGUCCAAGUCUUUCAUCCAUUCAGCAUGUUGUGGUGCUUAGCCUCGGUGCAGGCUUACGAUUCUCCACACUCAUGUUUGUAAUGUUAUUUUAUAUUAUGUUCGUUUAAAACCAAAGUCUCCUACAAUGUAGUUUAGUUAUAGUUAUUUUCUAGAAUUGCAUUCCACUGAGGUAAAACGCUUAUGUCGGAAGGCGGUAGAAAGUUAGUUUGUUUUUUUUCUUUAAUAUAAAAAUCUGAUGUUCUGCAGUUCUUCCUGUAUCUGUAAAAUCCUUAGAAGCAAAAAGUGCUUUGCUAAUUUGUAUAAAUUGCAAAUUGAGUCCAAAUUUUACAAUGAAUAUGUUUCAAAUUUCAUACAUUUUCUGGAAAAAAACUAGAUUUUUUGAAUGAUGUUUAUUAGUACUUGAAUGAAGAUUACAGACAACAUAAUACCUCAUUAGAGAGUCUGUUCUAGUCAUAAGUUCUAUGUACCUACACAAAAAAUGGGCAUUGAGAAUGAACAAAAGUAUUUUAGUGUAAAUUCACCACUCUCAUCCAUUUUCAUUGAUCAAAUCUUUCAUUUUAUGAUUGAAUACUGAUCAAAUGAUACAAUGAUGAUUUUGUAAUUGAUUUUCAACAACUAUGCCAGUAACUUUUUAUCAUACGCUGUACAAAUGCUCAGAUUGAAACAGCUUUUAUAACAAUUGUUUGUCAAUUUUUUUCACAGAUGUAUUUCCAAUAUAUAUCAUAAAAAAUUCCAUAAACUUAGUGCUGAAGAGAAAUGUUAUCUUCCAAAACUUAACCAGAUAGUAGCGUAAAAUGUGAAAAUCCCAAAUAUGAAGUGCUCAAGCAAGAUAUUUUUGUUAAACAAGAAAAUUAUACUGUUUAUUUUGUGUCCUCCAUGUUCAGUGUGUAAAAUGUUGAGUCUUCACCAACAGUAGUUUGUUCCUUGAUGUUACCAGAAGCAUUAAUGUUGAUUAGAUAGUAUUUACAUAAUGUCUAGAGGAAUCAAGUUUUUCUCGCAUUUAGAUUUCUAAGGCAGAUAAACAAUCAAUAAACUUAUUUUUAAAACUUUUUGAAUUAAAAAAAUAGUGGGUGGGGAGAGAUAGCAAUAAUUUGUGGGAGGGGAUAUGUUAUUAUGUGUUGUGUUAUUGUUAGAUCUGAGACAUAAUUAAAUAUUUUUUGUUGAUUUUUUUAGACAGUUUAUGUUGAAUAGAGAUAAUAAACUAAUUGGCAAUGUGCAAUUUUAAGAGAUGUGUAGACAUUUUUCACGCUUGGGCCACAAAAUAAUGGGACAACACUGUUUCCCAUUGCGUGCAGAAAUCCGGUGUUUUAACAAACUUUUUCACCAUCUGUGUUUUGUUGAAAAAUCUGUAGAAAAUGUGAAAGUAAGAUCUCAAAAGACAUUACACAUUCUUAUGUAGAGUACAAGAACUUGUAGAAAUUAUUCAUGAUGGCUGCGAGGGCUUGUUUUUUUCUAGUAAUCAUUGAUAGCCUCCCCUGAUUGGUUAACUCAGUAUUAUGACUGUAAAAAAUGUCUUGUUCUCUAUUGCCGGAGAAUUCCAUAGCAGUUGUGUUUUUAUUUAUUUAUGACUCAUUUCGUACAUUGUGAUAAAAAUGUUGCAAAAUAAAAUCAAUGAAACCAA